UCUCGGCACCCGCACCCCCACAGAGCCCCCUCAGAGCUCUGAUCCCCCUCACYGUCCCGACACUCCGGGCACCCCUCGGCCGGAGCCUGCUGCGGGCUGGCGGUGACAGCCAGCGGGGAACCCCUCACCCUUUCGUCCUCGCUGGCACUGCCCAUCCUGCGGCKCUGCGAAGUCCCCAGGACACUUCCGCAGACUCCCGGGCAGGGCAGAGAUCCUGCGGCACCUGGCUGCAGUGCAGCCUUGUGCGGCCGCGGGCAGCGGCGACAGGCAGCAGCCAGCGCGGCCCCGUGCUCCCACGCCACGGCGCAGGGGGGGAGUUUCUCCUCCUUUGUCUGCUCCCGGCCAGGCAGCAGCCGGUGCGCGGCAGCGCCGGAACAGCCGGGGAAGGGCCUCGGCAGCAGCCGCGGAGGACGGCGGCCGCGGUCUCCUCUGCCCCGGCACAGCCACCGGCUCGGCCUCGCCGCGCUGGGAACGAGCAGCGAUCCCGGGGGAUCCAAGCUCUUCAUGACGGSAACCCGACCGGGCAGCGGGGACGGCAGCCGCGCCCGGGGACGGGGAGGACGGCAGCAUUGGGGACAAGGACGCGCGCGCCCCGUCCCCUCCCCCGGCGCCCGCCGUCGGCCAUGGGGAACGGCAUGAGCCAGAUCCUUCCCGGCCUCUACCUUGGGAACUUUGUCGAUGCCAAAGACCUGGAGCAGCUAAGCCGGAACAAGAUCACCCACAUCGUUUCAAUCCAUGAGUCCCCACAGCCCUUGCUGAAGGACAUUACUUACCUCCGCAUCCCCCUGCCUGACACCCCUGAAGCCAACAUCAAGAGGCACUUCAAGGAAUGCAUCAGUUUCAUCCACCAGUGUCGCCUGCAUGGAGGGAACUGCCUCGUCCACUGCCUCGCUGGCAUCUCYCGCAGUACCACUGUGGUCGUCGCCUACGUCAUGGUCGUCACGGAGCUGAGCUGCCAGGAGGUGCUGGAUGCCAUCCGAACCAUCCGGCCCGUCGCCAACCCCAACCCCGGCUUCAGGCAGCAGCUGUCUGAGUUCAGCGGCAGCGCRGCCCGCAAGGUCCGCAGGCACCUGAAGCAGAAGUAUGGGAUGUCCCCUUUCAAUGAUGAGGAAGAAAUAAAGGCUUUGCUCCCGGCAGGGAGAGAAGGAGCGUCCAGGACAGAGGGAGCUGUGCAAGGACUGGUCCCAAGAGCCAGAGACAUGAGAAGCACAAGUCCCUUCCUGCUGCGGGUGAAGAGGACAUUCUCCUGCAUCCCAGCUUGUCUGAAGUGCGCACCUCCCGAGGUGGGGGUCGAUCACCCAGAGGCUCUGCAGGAGCCAAUGAACGAGAGGAAGAGCCUAAAAUCACCAUUGGUGUACAUCGGUGCUCACACUGUGAGGACACGGAUGACUGACGCUGCUGCGGGAAACGUGGGGCAGAGAAAAAAUUUUAAGACACGUCCCCUGCGCCGUGGGGCAGCCAGAGCCGGCGGCGCGGGCCAGGAAAGGGAAAGCGAAAGCCGGAGCCGCUUUCGGUUUCGCCGCCGGGCCGCGAUGGCGGAGCCSGGGGCGCCCAUGCGGCUGAAGGAGUGGCUGAUCGCGCAGAUCGACAGCGGCCGGUACCCGGGGCUGCGCUGGGAGAACCGGCACCGGACGCUUUUCCGCAUCCCCUGGAAGCACGCGGCCAAGCAGGAUUACCGGCAGCAGGAGGAUGCUGCGCUCUUCAAGGCUUGGGCUGUCUACAAGGGGAAGUACCACGAAGGGACGGACAAGGCCGACCCCUCCACCUGGAAGACKCGGCUGCGCUGCGCCCUCAACAAGAGCACGGACUUCCAGGAGGUGCCUGAGCGGAGCCAGCUGGACAUCUCCGAGCCUUACAAAGUGUACCAGAUCGUGACUGACAGAGCCUGUGACACAGAGGACAGUGACACACAGUCCCCAGGCAGUGAGGACCAGCAGGUGAGCCUGCCCUGUGCCUUCCAGGCAGGGGAGAAGGGCAGCAGAACAGGGAGUCCGAAGAAGGAGGAAAGCCAGAAGGACACACUGGAGACAGCCCAUGUGUCUCCACAGCCUCGGCUCUCUGCCCACCCCACUGAGCGAGAGUGCCUUGUGAGGGGAGUCUUCUAUGGCUGGAACCCAACCCAUGGUCAUCUUCUGCCUGGACCCCAGUCCUACCUCCCUGUGGAGGAUGUCAACAAUUCAGACUGCUGGCUCCACAUCCGCUUGUACUACUGUGACGUGCUGGUGAAGGAGGUGACCACCCGCACGGCCGAGGGCUGCCGCAUCACCACCAGCACUGUGCUGGCCGACAGCGAACGCCUCUACGGCCCCUCCUGCAUGGAGCAGAUCCAGUUCCCCCCGCCGCAGGUGCUCAGUGGCCAUGGCCACUUGGCCUGCAUGACCGACGUGCUGGAGCGGCUCCUGCCCCACCUGGAGCGCGGGGUGCUGCUGUGGGUAGCGCCUGAGGGGGUCUUCAUGAAGCGCCAGUGCCAGGGCAGGGUGUACUGGAACGGGCCACUGGCCCCUCACAAGAACUGGCCCAACAAACUGGAGAGGGAGAAGACCUACAAGCUGCUGGACACACAGCAGUACAUACAGCAGGUGCGGGAGUACCUGAGCAAUGGGCAGCUCAUGCCGCAGUACCAGAUCUACCUGUGCUUCGGGGAGGAAUACCCCACCAGAGCCGGGCACCCCUUCCAGAAGCUCAUCAUGGCUCAUGUGGAGCCGGUGUUCGCACGCGAGCUCUUCCACCACGCCCAGCGCUUGAGGCCGACACUGCUCUGCAAUUCCCCCCAGCCCUGUGCCCCUGGCACCUCCAGCCACGUUCUCCGUGUCCUCAAACAGCUCUGCCAGCCCUGAGCUGGGUGGGAGAGGAGAGUUCAGUUGCCAUUAAGUCUCAGUGGGAGGCUCUGAGCCUCAUGGCCCCACUCCUGCUUCAUGUCCUGAGGCAGAGUAUGCAGGGUGCACAGCGUGCAGGACUGGACAAGGACAGAUGUUAGCUGGGAUGGGCAGGUGCUGCUGCCCCUGUGAUCGCUGUAUUUAUUCCCCAGGAGUCCYCUGGGUGGGAUUUGUUGCGUGCCUGUUCAGCGAGCUGGGACAGAACCAGCUCCAUCCUUGCACUGUGCACUGCCUGGACUCACCGUUUGUGAACCUUAGAAAUAAAGGUU